AUGACGGUGGAGAUCCCGAUGAUACGCACGGAGUGCGACAACGACGCCUUCGACGAAGAUGAUGGGUUUUUCUACUGCCAGCAAUGCGGCGUCAGAGAAGACGACAUGAUCGCGUCGGCCGUCGACGACGAGGAUUUAACCGGAGACGACGGAGGUACUCGCGGCGCAAUGUAUCAACGAAAACACCCUCGCCGUCUUCCUCCUUCGCAUGCACUCACUCCUUCGCAGCUUAGUUACGAGGAGUAUUACGGGCAGGUAAGAGAUCGAUACGUGAACGGCUUUCUGAUGAUGAUAACGCUUCAAUGCGAUGCGUUGGUCGAGAAAUUUAACGUCACGCCGUUGAUUAUUGGUUUGGUCGGACCAAUCUGCUUAAGGCUCGUGGCUCUCUCCGGCGUCUUCGAUGAUGGUUGGGCCGAUAAGGCAAUUCUUGAUUCAGAGCUUCACUCAAAAGUAAGAGAGAGUAAGCGGCGAAACAGAGAAAAAGAACUCGAGCCUCGUAACUUAGAUGGUAAAAGAGCAGUGACGAUAUGGGUAAGUCAGCUUAGAAAUUCUCUGCCAUUAUCGAGCUCUCUUGCUAUAUCUUUCCUCGCUUGUCACAAAGCAGGAGCAACGGUUCUACCCACGGAUAUAGUGAGAUGGGCACGAGAAGGGAAAGUUCCGUAUCAAUCUUGUUUCCUCAAGAUCCAAGAGAAGAUGGGAAAGAGAUCAGCUGCUUGUCCUGUGGAAGCGAGCGUAAUGUUUAGGCCUAAUCAGGUUGUUUCUGCUCAGAGACUAGAAGCAAGAGCCGCCUCAAUCGCUGAUAUCAUCGGUUUGCGUUUGCCUCCUGUGAAUCUGUAUGGUAUAGCUUCAAACUAUCUAAACCGGUUAUCUAUCACCGGCCAGGAGAAGGUUCUUGAUCUCGUGCGUCUCAUACAGAAAUGGUCAAUGCCUUCGGAUUUGUAUCUGUCGAAGAACGAGCUCAGGCUUCCUACACGAGUCUGUGUCAUGUCUAUUGUGAUUGUAGCUAUAAGGAUGCUUUAUAACAUCAACGGUUUCGGUGCGUGGGCAAGGAGUUUGGGCGUUGUUUCUGAGGUUUCAGAGACAAAACCGGAUGCUGAAGAGUUAUCAGAUGUCACGAAAGCAACUGAGUUCGACGCCGAGGAGCUUUUGAAGAAUCUUGAAGCAAAAUUUUAUGAUGUCGCUGCUGCUGAAUCCGUUGAUUAUGAGAAGGAUCUUUUGUCCUAUUUAGCGCACGGGAGAAACGAGCUAUUUGCUGGUUUAGUAGAAGCAUCAGUUGAUGAUAGUUACAGAACUGUUGAUAACUUGUGGAAUGGUUACACCAAGGACAAGGUGAAAAGUAAAAACAUGUAUGGGACUCCAUUAAAAAGGGGAAGAGAGUGGGAAGACGAUGAUGUAUCACUUCACCAGCUUUCAUUGGACGAUACCGAGUUUGGUGAUGGAAACAUUCCUUGUACUAGUCCUUCAAGGAGAAGCGAGAGCAUGUCAAGGGAGAAUCAUAAUCAAGAAGAGGAAUCAAAGGAGUUGUCAAUGACAAGACUAAUAACAGACAUGAGGGAGAAUUUGUUCUUUUACAUACCGCCUCGUGUGAAGGUGAAGAGACUAGACUAUCUUCACUAUGUGAGGAAAAUAGAAGAUGGAGCAAUGAAGUACCCGGCUCACGCGGAUUACUACAUUCUUUUGCGGGUUUGGCACGUGUCGCUGAGAUUGAUGUGA